CCGAACCGAACUGUUACUUUGACGUGUCCUUUUCCAAAAGCGACACAGUUUAAAAAAUUGUUUUAGACGUAGUGAAUUCAAUAAAAUAUGCACACUGUGCUUACAAGAGCAAAUGCUAUUUUAGCAUAUACAUUAAGUGUAUUAGCGUUUCUUACGUUUUGUUGCUUUGCUUCUACAGUUUUUAUUGAUUACCGUACACCCGCACAUAUGAAUACUGUAAAAGUUGUCGUAAAAAACGUGCCCGACUAUAGUGCAUCUAGAGAGAAAAAUGACUUGGGUUUCCUUACAUUUGAUUUAAAAACAGAUUUGACUGACUUAUUUAACUGGAAUGUUAAACAAUUGUUUCUAUACUUAACAGCUGAAUAUAUUACACCAAAUAAUGAACUGAACCAGGUUGUACUAUGGGAUAAAAUUAUUGAGCGUGGACAGAAUGCUGUUCUUGAUAUGAAAAACAUGAAUACUAAAUAUUAUUUUUGGGAUGAUGGAAAUGGACUUAAGGGUCACCAAAAUGUUACUCUUACUUUAUCAUGGAACUUAAUUCCCAAUGCUGGCUUGUUGCCUAGUAUUUUUGCACAAGGACAACAUUCAUUUAAAUUUCCUGAACAGUAUACUACCUCAGCUGUAUGAUGUGAUAUAUUUAUGAUU